AUGUUUAACCUCACACUCAGCUUUUCUUAAUUUGGUAUUUAAAAGAGUCACUUUUAAUUAUAUGAUUGUUAAAUAGAGAGUCUUAAUAAUAAACAAUUGUAAAGGGAUAAAUAACCAAUUCAUCUUGUCACAACAAAAAUCAGAGAAUUGUUAUAGUACGCUGAAACAAUUUCUGUGACUCCUAGAACUCUUACUCAUCCAAAUGCAGCUGUCUACAAUGAUGGAUUGGAUAAUGAAAAUUAUGAUCUAAUUGUAAGACUGGAUGAUGUUAUAGUAAAUCAAAAGACAAACAAUUAAUAUAUUGCUAAAGAAUGGCUAGGUGUUGGUACUUUUGGUAGUGUUUAUAGAUGUUAGAAGAAUAAUUCUAAUUUUGCAAUCAAAAUAAUAAAAAAUAUUAAUGCAUAUAAUUUACAAGCCAUGAAAGAAAUUAAAUUGAUUAGACUGCUGAAUAAAAAAUAGGAGCAUGAAAGCAUAAUUAAGUUGAUUGAUUAUUUCCUUUUUAAAAAUCAUGUUUGCAUAGUCUUUCCAUUAUUGGGAUUUAAUUUGGAAGAAUUACUACAAGAAACAAAAUAUUAGGGUCUUUCAUUGUGCAUGAUAAAGAAUAUUUUAAAAUAAGUCAUAUCAGGAUUAGAAUUCUUGCACUCUUUAAAUUGGGUACAUUGUGAUAUCAAACCAGAAAACCUGUUAUUUACUGACAACACAGCCAAAUAAAUUCAGAUAAUUGAUUUCGGAUCUGCAUCUGAAGUAAACAUCCAUUUAUAUUAUUAUAUCUAAAGUUUGUAUUAUAGAGCACCUGAGAUUAUUCUAGGCUACAAAAAGACUUGCGCUAUUGAUAUGUGGUCAUUAGGAUGUGUGGCUGCUUAGUUAUAUCUAGGAUAUCCAUUAUUCUAAGGGACAUCAUCGUUUGAUCAACUCUCAAAAAUUCUAGGAUUAAUUUCUAUUACCAACUUUGGGUUGAUCUCCAAUAGUCCAAAAUGUGAGAAUUAUUUUAUUAGGUAGGACUAAAAUUUUGAACUUAAACCUAUGAAAAUGUAUGAGAAUGAAUUUAAUAUCAAUCUACCUGAUCCUGGAAUAUAAAAUAUAACUGAUAUAUAGGAGUUGUAUUUGGAAUUCAAUAAAUCAAGUUUAAGAACAAUCCAAGAGAUGGCCACUAUGGAAGACUUCGUAGAUUUACUAAAGAAGUUACUAGAAUUUGAUCCAACAUAACGAAUCACCGCUAGCCAAUGUUUGUAACACCCGUUUUUAAGAGACUUUUAAUUUAAUAUUAACGACAUUCUUAAGUAGGACUUAUAAUUUCAAUGA